UGCUGUCAUCCCAUAGCAUAAACUAAACAAAAGUCAUCUUUUAUAUCGUUCUGCAAAAUUACUUCCAAUGAGAUAUCAAAAUAAAAAUAUUCAAUUUUGUAGCAUAUUCGAGAAGAAUGAAUCGUUUAAAAUGUCUACCGACGAAUCUAUCGCUCACAAGAAGUCAAUCUGUUUGUGCCCCAUGUAACAAUCCGAUGCAUUUAAUAUGUUUUAAACAAUGGACAUCGGAAAUGGUGGAUGACAUUAUAUCGAGUGCAAUUAAUCUAAAAUUUUCUCUUUGGGAUACACACUUUAAAAAACUGAACGUUUUAAAAAAUGCCAAAGUGAUGUUAUUGCAAGAAAUUAAUGAACCAACUCUUAAUUUGGCCGUGUCAAAAGCGGCAUCACUUUUGGGUGCAACUGAUGUCUCGAUAAAUGACAAAUUGAUUUGGGAAUACGAUUAUGUUGGCAGGGUAUUCUCUAUGAUGUGUGAUAUAAUAUUUGUGUCAACAUCGACACAUGGUUGCGUGGCGCGCUUUGCCGAGCAAUCGUCUGUACCAGUCAUGUGCAUCAGGUCGCGCGCCCACGCCAGCCUGCAAGCGCUAGCUACCAUUAUGACUAUUAUAGAAGAAUACGGCUCAAUGAAUUAUCUUAAUGUUGCAUAUAUUGGCACGCCCCAUCCUGUCCUUAACUCAUAUCUUCUGUUGUGUCCAAUGCUAGGGGCCAACUUGAGAUUUAAAUGCUGUUGUGAAAAAUGUCCUGUGAGUCCACUUUUGUACAAAGUUAGUGAAAAUAUGACAGAAAAAAGUCAUACAACAAUGAAGCAGUGUAAACACAAGGAUGAUGUACUAUACCAAGCUUGUGUGGUCAUCGCAGGUCCUGCCACUAACAAUGAAGAGAAAAUAAAAGAAUUUAAGUUUGGAGUUCAGGACAUAAAAAGAUGUAAUAACAUAAGUAAGUGGAUAUUCUUCCACACAUUACCAAGAGGUUCGGAGAUUGAUGACGAGUUAUUUAUGCAUAAUAAUGCAAGAACUUUUAAUGCAUUUAACAACAUGCAAUAUAUUGCCGCAGCAUUGAUGGCUAAAGCUCUACAAGGACAUGUGUUUUGAAUAAACAAUAAUAAAUUUUCUGUUUUAUU